AUGGACGACACACUUGGAAGAAAAGAAAUACACACACUGAACCAGAUGGAUUGGAAAAGCUUCUUCAAGCCAAAAACUUCCCAGACUCCCCCUCAAACUCCUAAAAAACCCAGUACAAUACCGAUGUUGGAUCAAGUAAUGAGCGCCACCAAGGGUGCAACUGAUGGAAUUUCUAGUGUUAGCAAGCAAGUCAAUACUUCGUUUAGGAUGUUGGGAGCUUCGAGUAUUCAGGGCAUGGUUGGAUAUGGAGUUGGCUUUCACCAUGGUUUUGGAUUUGGCCUGUCUAUGAGAUCAGGGGUGACUAAACUUAAAUCUAAUCUAGUAGAAUCAAUGACAAAGAUGUCUGGACUUAUUCCUGGUUUACCCUUUGGUAAGGGUGCAUCACCGACGCCAGCAGCCUCAAAGAGUGCCAUGAGCAAGGUCCCUACCGACCAAGUUUCUGCUGAAAGCAUGAUGCAAUUGGCAAAUAAAUCAGCAGAUCAAAUAUCUGCAGGAAGCAUGAUGCAGCAGGCAACUAAAUCAUUUAACCAAAUUUCUCAGGAAAGCAUGAUGCAGUUGGCAACUAAAUCAGUGAACCAACUAUCACAAGAUCUUGUAGGGUCUCAACCUACAAAUAUUGGUUCGGCCUUUGACAAUAAAGUUUCAAAUCGUGUUGCAGUUGACUCUGCUUCUGACAUCCAAACAGAGAAGGCUGAACUCAUGAAGCCAGAGGACAAUCUACUUCAGACGGUUAUGAAACAGCGACAACUCAUUGAUGAACUUUCGGAGGAAAAUACGAAGCUUUGCCAGAUACUACAAUUGAAGGACCUGCAAAUACCAUCUAACAAACUUCAGCCAAGUUCUUCAGAUCCAAAUCUUCAGACACUCCCUUCAUCGGAAGUUAAUGAUAAGAUUACCGGUGAUUCUAUUCCUCCCUGUGACACUGAUGGUACAUUGCCAACUUCAAAAGGAGAAAAUGGUAGAAAAGAUAAGAGUUAA